GAUUUGACCUUCAAGUGCUCAGCAACCUCCAUCAGUGGACGAUACCACUGAAGCGUUAACGUUUGUGUGUGCAAAUGUCCUUUGGUGAGAAACAUUGGUUCUCCGUGUAUUCGGUUACACGGUAGAUUAAUCGACGUGUAUUUAGGCGAAAAGUAAAUAAUUCAGUGUGUGCUUAGGCGAAAAUGUCACAUUGAAAUAGUGCAUAGUACAAAUAAAAUGGAAAACAUUUGUAUAACUCCAUCAUGUGGAAAGCCGUCUAGUCUAAAGUGCCCUGUGUGUCGUGAUUUGGGGAUUGAAACAUCAUUCUUCUGUUCACAAGAAUGUUUCAAACAGUUUUGGAAAACACAUAAAGCAAUACACGUUGUCGGUACUGAAGAUACGUGCGAAGAUGUUCGUUUCAACGGAUAUAAAUUUACAGGUCAAUUACGACCUGCUAAAAAAACACCUAAACGAGAAGUGAAGAGUUCCAUUGAAUUCCCAGACUACGCCAUCACAGGGAUACCCGUUUCAGAACGCCAGGCGAAAAGUUCUCAUAGUAUUGUUGCUUUAAACGACGAUGAAAUAGAAUGCAUGCGUGUUACAGGAAAGCUUGCCCGUGAAGUCUUAGAAGAAGCAGUAAAAGCUGUAAAAGUUGGUGUAACGACUGAUGAAAUCGAUCGAGUUGUACAUGAGGCAUGCAUUGAACGUGAAUGUUAUCCUUCUCCACUAAACUACUUCAAUUUUCCGAAGUCAUGUUGCACAUCGGUUAACGAAGUGAUCUGUCAUGGAAUACCAGAUAUGCGACCUUUACGAAAUGGCGAUAUUCUGAAUAUUGAUAUUACCACAUACCACAAUGGAUUUCAUGGUGAUGUGAAUGAGACAGUGUUUGUUGGUCAACCAGAUGAUCGUUCAGUUAAUCUAGUGAAAAAUGCUUACAAAUGUUUGGUUAAAUCUAUGGAUGCUGUUCUUCCAGGUGUUAAAUAUCGUGAAAUGGGAGAUAUAAUUUCAAAAAAUGCAUCACUUGGUGGAUUUUCUGUUGUCAGGACUUAUUCAGGUCAUGGAAUACAUCGGUUAUUUCAUUGUCCUCCAAAUAUUCUUCACUAUUCACGUAAUAAGGCAGUCGGUGUCAUGAAACCGGGACAUUGUUUCACUAUUGAACCAAUGAUAAAUGAAGGCGAUUGGCAUGAUGAAUUAUGGCCAGACAACUGGACUGCAGUUACUAAGGAUGGUUUAAGAUCAGCUCAAUUCGAACAUACUAUGGUUAUUUUAAAGCCAGAAUUAGCCACAUCGAAUGGAAUGGCAAUCGAAGUAUUAACUAAACGUCGUAUCAGUGGUGCUGAUCCAUUAAAUGGAUGUAAAUUCAAUGAAGAAGAUGCUUUACAUUUUGAACGUUAUGGUAGACCUUAUUUUGUAGACCAAUUGUACAAAUUAGGUUUAAAUACUGAUUGUACAGUGUUUAAAAGUACGUCUAAAAAUUAGACAAUUUAUAAAACUUUCAAAAUUUGAAAAAAUCCAAUCUCUUUCAUAUUGAGCGAAUACUUUUACGCUUUUUGUGUACGAAUGAUCUCAGUAGAAGAAAAGAACUGUAUUCAAAGAUAAUACUUCCUCUUUUGUG